AAAUAAAAAAGCAAACUUUGUUUAAAUAAAGAUGAGGUCUCUGGUUUUUUUCAGUUCAACAAUCAGUUUUUAUGUCGACUUGUAUCAUCUAACAAAUUCGGAGGGCGGGUCAGUUGAAUUUUUUUAAGAGGGUGGAGAUCGGAUCGCCCUCCGUCCUCCUCCGUAUAUAACGAGAUCGACCCUCCCGGCGACCUCAGUCGCGAACGCCGAUGCGCCCGCGCCUUCCCUCUCAUAAUAUUCGCGAAUCUGCGACGUUUGGACAAUAUCAGCUCGGUCAGUGUCAAGGGUGAUGUCUCCGUCGAACGGUGGACUGCCACGCGGCUACGAGUCGUGCUGGUUCUCGGUGCAGGAGCUGGCGGCGGCGGUGGCGGUGGGAGCGGACGGGCCGUGGGAGGCGGGUCGCCUGCGGACGGCGAGCGGCGCCGCGGCGUCGGCGGCGGGGGCGGUGCUAGCGGCGGACGUGGCAGCGCGCGGCGCCGAGCUGUGCCUGGCGGACGAUGGCGGCGCACGCCUGCGCCUGCGCCUGCGCCUGCUGACGGACCUGCCGCCCGGCGCCGCGCCCCCGCUCUGGUUUGACGAUGCCGCACUUGCUGCACUGCGUAUGCCCUUCCUCACCCUCGCCAAUAUCAAAGGCGGGCGCAGCUACGAGUGCCACGUGUGCGCGGCGCGGUUCGAGCGGCCCAACCCCCUCAAGCUACACCUGUUCCUGGGCUGCGGCCGCUUCGAGCCGCGCGCCUUCUGGACGCGAGCGUUGCCGCGCCUCGCGCCCGCCCUCCCCCUCCCCGUCGCCGUCGGCGUCGAGACCGCCAAUCGCUUAGAUGCCACCCUGACACCCAUCGAACCCGCACUGGCGAGGCUUGAGGCGCUGGCGGCGGAGUGGGGCAAGUCCCGCGGCGGGCACGCGUGCGUGUACUGCGGCAAGCUGUACUCGCGCAAGUACGGGCUCAAGAUCCACAUCCGCACGCACACCGGCUACAAGCCGCUGCGCUGCCGAUACUGCGCGCGCGCCUUCGGGGACCCCUCCAACCUCAACAAGCACGUGCGGCUACACGCGGGCUCCGCUGCCAGUGGGGCGGGGCUCGCGUGCGCUCAGUGCGGCGCCCGCGUGGCGCGACGCCGCGACCUCGAGCGACACGUGCGCGCCAGGCAUCGCAGUCCCGUCCCCGUGCUCACCCGGAAGCGCGCGCCGAUCGGAACACUUCCAUCAGGGCCCGCCAACCUCAACAAGCACGUGUGGCUUUGUGCGGGGGCAGGGGCCGGAACGGGAAACGCGGGGCUGGCGUGUGCCGAUUGUGGCGGCCGCGGAGCGAAACUAGAGAGACCUGGAGAGACUCACCAGGCCCCGCACUAA